GUCAGCUGGGCUGGUGAUGUCGGCAACGGAGGAGGAGGUUUCGUGUAGAGCAGGAAGCGACGCGUGUAGAGUGUGAAAUGCAAACAAAAUCGUCGCUACAUUGGGGGCUAUUUUCCUCCUCUCCCACGAUGUAGUCAUUAAUAAAACGGUCACGAAGAAAACUUUAACGUCGUCUACACUCGGACAGACACCACGUAUGAUUGUGACACUGCGGAUAUUGUAAGCAAGGGGCAGUUAGCGAGCUGGCUACGACGAACAGCCAAAGAAAUAUGAAAGAGGCGAAGGGUUGCGGUAUGCGUUCUUCCGUGGGGUUCCUGUCCCGGCGAAAGAUCACCGGGCACCCCCUAAUGAAGGAGGAAUUUCAAAGGCUCAGACUGGCCGGGUGCACGAGUCUUUAUAAGAAAGAUAUGCUGGGGCAUUUUGGAUGCGUUAAUGCAAUAGAGUUUUCCAACAAUGGAGGAGAAUGGCUGGUGUCCGGAGGGGAUGACCGCAGGGUGUUGCUCUGGCACAUGGAAAAAGCCAUCCAUUCACGAGCCAAACCUCUAAAACUGAAGGGAGAACAUCUGUCCAACAUCUUCUGCCUGGCCUUUGACAGCACAAACAAGCGCGUCUUCUCUGGUGGUAACGAUGAACAGGUCAUUCUCCAUGAUGUGGAGAGGGGCGAGACGCUGAACGUGUUCUUGCACGACGACGCGGUCUACGGCCUGUCUGUGAGCCCUGUCAACGACAACGUGUUCGCAAGCUCCUCGGACGACGGCCGGGUUCUCAUCUGGGACACCCGCGAGCCCCCGCACGGAGAACCUUUUUGCUUGGCCAACUAUCCUUCGGCAUUCCACAGCGUGAUGUUCAACCCAGCCGAGCCCAGACUCCUCGCGACGGCCAACUCCAAGGAAGGAGUCGGUCUGUGGGACAUCCGCAAGCCGCGCAGUUCCCUGCUGCGUUACGGGGGCAGCCUGUCCCUGCAGAGUGCCAUGAGUGUGCGCUUUAACAGCACCGGCACCCAGCUGCUGGCCCUGCGCCGCCGCCUGCCCCCCGUGCUGUACGAGCUGCACUCCCGCCUGCCCAUCUUCCAGUUCGACAACCAGGGCUACUUCAACUCCUGCACCAUGAAGAGCUGCUGCUUCGCCGGGGAGCGAGACCAGUAUAUCCUGUCGGGCUCCGAUGACUUCAAUCUGUACAUGUGGAGAAUUCCCAAGGAUCCGGAAGCAGGAGGCCCGGGUCGAGUGGUGAACGGGGCUUUCAUGGUGCUGAAGGGGCACCGCUCCAUUGUGAACCAGGUGCGGUUCAACCCCCACACCUACAUGAUCUGCUCCUCUGGCGUGGAGAAGGUCAUCAAGGUGUGGAGCCCCUACCAGCAGCCGGAGAGCGUGGGGGACCUGGACGGCCGGGUGGAGGACAAGUCGCGGAGCCUGUACACGCACGAGGAGUACAUCAGCCUGGUGCUGAACAGCGGCAGCGGGCUCUCCCACGACUACGUGAGCCAGUCCAUCCAGGAGGACCCGCGCAUGAUGGCGUUCUUCGACUCGCUGGUGCGGCGCGAGAUCGAGGGCUGGAGCUCGGACUCGGACAGCGACCUGAGCGAGGGCGCCAUCCUGCAGCUGCACGCCCGCGGGCGGCGGUCCAUCCGCGCCGGGCGCGAGGGCGUGGUCACGCCCGCCACCGUCGCCGCGGCGACCGCCGCCGCCGCCGCCGCCGCGGCCGCCCGCCAAAGCGACUCGGAGCACUCCUCCUCUUCCUCGCUGGCGGGGCUGGACGGGGCGGCGCUCUCGGCCGAGGGGGAGGGCCCGCGGCGGGCGACCGGCCAGUCGUAUCAGUCGGUGCGGCUGCUGGACCUGGCCAACGACUCGUCGGACUCCAGCGGGUUCUGGCCCGACCCGGUGGCCCGGCCCCGCUCCCCCAGCCCCCGGGGAGCCUCCAGCCUGUCGAGCCGCAGCACCUCCCCCGCCCGCUCCUCCUCCUCGUCCUCGUCGUCGUCGUCCUCUUCCUCCACCAGCAGCGAGGAUGAGGAGCGUCGGCGUGCCGACACCCGCCUGCGGAAUGCGGCUCGCAGACGGCGCAUGCGCUUCCCGCCGCGCCCCGGCGACCGCCCGCAGUCCGCCCAGGCCCUGUACCGCGCCGUCGACUCCUGCAGCUACCCCAAGAUCGCCCUCGAGGACCCCUCCUCGCAGUCUUCCUCCUCCUCCUCCUCCUCCUCGCUCCACGAGGCGCAGCUUUCCGGCAAGAUCCGGAAGCAGAAGGGAAGCCCCCAGAAAGAGCGGGACGGGCCGCUGCGUUCCGUGAGCCCCCCGGGCUCCAGUCCGGCGCCCUCCCCCGAGCGCCCCGAGGCGGGGGUACCGGAGAGACUCUCGGGCGGGUCGCAGGACAGGCUGGGAGAGCGGACAAGGCCGCGGGGCGCAGACUGGGACAGCUGUGGGACGGGGACGGUGGAGGGCGGUUCUGACGGUUCGGGGGGACCCCACGGCGCGGGUUUGGCACGCAGCCACAGCCCCCAGCCCGCUGACGGGAGCCGGGCCGGUUUGGGACAGCAGAGCCCCGAACUGAACGGGCAGCACCGCCAGGACCUUCAGUCCAGAGACGCGGCCCGCUCCUCCUCACCCCCCCAGCCGGACGCCGCCGUCCGCAGCAAAGCCCAAAAGCAGGAGCCAGGGGACUCUACCCCCCCAGGCCAGGCCCGGUCCCCCCAGAGGUGCCAAACCGGCGGGGCCUCCAGGCUCAAACGGACUCGAGUCGGGUCGGGCGAGAUGGACUCCGAGAGCUCGCCGUCAGAGAAGAAGAUCAAGACAUGAUGACACCUCACCCCCCGAGAGUGCCCUUUAGCAAAAACUCAAACUAAAACAAAGAGCCAAACACCUUAGGGUGGUUCUCCUUUUGGGUUUUUACAAUCCGUUUGUUUUUCUCUUUUCUUCUCAUUUUGACAGAGGGUGCUGAGACAUUUAGAAUAAGCACUGCAGGGAGGGAACCUGCAGGAUAAAGAAUAUCCCAAUUAUGCCGCAUCACUUCCUGUCACUCACAAGGAAGUGCUGAUCUUCUGGCCACCAGUACAUCUGUGAGACUUCCUGCCUAAACUGUGUCAUAACCUCUGGAGUCCGGUUUCACAGCCGACGGUAAAAUCAAUAACAUUCUUAAUAAGUGCAGACGGUAAUCACACUUAGUGCAUUUUUUCGUUUUGCUAACUGUUGAGUUUUUAAUUUUAUUUUUAAAUUCCACGUUUUCGGGAUAGCUUUCUCUGUUUUUGAAGAUGUGAAAAAUAUACACACAUGCAAAAAAAAAAUCUAUAUAUAUAUGUUUCUGAAAAAGAUGAGAGCCCUUACUUGGACUGGAGUGUUUAGGUUUUUUUUUUAGAAACAUUAUUUAAGCGGUUUCUUGCUGAAAGGAUAGAGGAGGAGGCCUGGGGUUCAUGCAUUCAUUUGCAGGAAGACGGAGGGUGUGUGAAAUCGGACAAUCUCAUCGUGCUGCAGCGUUUUUUUUUUUUUUUUGAGUUGUACAUUAAAAGUUUUACCACAGUGUUCGGACAGUUAUCUCUUCAUCUUACCUGAGCCUGCAACGGUUUGCAUUUCAAAGAAAAGAAAAAUCCCAUGUUCCCACAAUUCUUAUGAUACUGUUUUGGGACUGUUUGUUAUGAACAGACAUUAAAAAGUUCCUGAAAAUGGAGAAA